AUGGAAGAAGCUAAGCCUAAGGACCUUGGUAUGAGCUCGGUUUGCGCCGUUAGUGACGAACCGAACAUAGAGGAUAUAAAAUCGGGGAAAUUUCAUUUGAUAUUUGGAUCGGCCGAAAACGUUCUUGACAAGUGUUCAGUUGACGCUUUAAAAUAUUCAAGUUGUCAUUUGCGUAAUCGUUUGGUUGCUUUUGUUAUAGACGAGUCUCACGUCAAUGCACAUUUUAUUUUUAUGCAUGUCCCGCAUAAUCUUUCAGACCAUUCUGGGCCUCUCUCACAAACAAUCCCGAUAUUUUGCAAAAGAACAUCAAAACUAUCUUGCCCUACUGUUGGCUUGAGCAAGUUCACUAUUGAAACGGACUUCCAUGUAACUCC